GAAACUUCUGCUAUUACAUUGGUUCCACCCAUGGUUUAUCCUAGGUUCUUUCAAUUUGUAUUUCUACUGCCGACCCGUUUGGGAAUAUUUUAUGACGCUGUAAGCACAGUGCUCCUGAAGGUCCGUUGCGGUUUACAGGACUGUAUGUGGAACGGGCUUCUGUUCGGGAGGUGCAUAUCAUUAUGUUUCCGCUGUAGUGGAGGAAAGAUGGAAGACGCAGCACCUGCAGACAGCUCAGAGAAGUCUGCUAAAAUUUUCUGUAUUUCUCACAAGGAGACAGUUUUAUCCAAUUUUGAAAAACAAUGGAAAAGUAAUUUUUUGUGUGAUAUCACUUUGAUUGUAGAAAAUGUACAAUUCCGAGCCCAUAAAGCUUUACUUGCUGCCUGUAGUGAGUACUUCUCUGUUAUGUUUACUGAGGAACAUGGGAUUGGCCAGUCUGUGUACAUGCUGGAUGGGAUGAUAGCAGAAACAUUCAGUGUUUUGUUGGAGUUCAUGUACACAGGACAUUUCCCCAUAACUGACAGCAGUACAGACCAAGUUAUAGCCACUGCAAAGCUUCUCAAAGUGAAUGAUUUAAUAAAAUCUUUCACAGACUAUCAGGGCAGUCAUAAUCGAGGAAUAACACAGACUGAACUAAGCAGUGACUCAGUAACUCAGUGUGAAAAUUAUAACAAGGAAGUGCCCAAGCGGAAAAGAGGCAGACCACGGAAAGUUACCUUUGACCAUGAAGAAAAGACUGGUUCAGUCAAGCCAGAUGAAAAACAGCAAGUAGAGAGAGACCCUUUAGAUAAUGAAACAAGUCUUGAUGGAAGUGUUGACAAAAAUUUAGGAAAUGCUUCUGAAGAAGCACUGGGAAAAAGUAAGGACACAGAAUAUUCAGAAGAGCAGUUUAUGUCAGAUACUCAUGUCGAAAUGGCAUUAGAGACGGAUAAGGAUUGUAGCGUUAAAACAGAAGGUCGAAUUAGCAGUCGUAGUCGUUACAGCAACCGCAGGUUAAGAAAAUCUAUCAAGCUGAAGGGCUACCGGCUUUAUGAAGAUGAUCAAGGAGAGCAGAUUAGGCGAGGGAGUAGGAGAAAAUGUACUGCUUCUGAAGUUCUCUGCAAGGACUGUGGCAAGGUUUUCAAAAAUCAUUAUUUUUUGACUAUUCAUCAAAGAAGUCAUACGGGUGAACGCCCUUUCAGGUGUUCUGAAUGCAGUAAAGGUUUUUCCCAGAAACACUCGCUACAGGUUCAUGAAAGAAUGCAUUCUGGUGUACGUCCGCACAUUUGCACUACCUGCAACAAAGCACUGGCAACAAAACACUCCCUUAUGGAGCACUUGAGCCUGCACACAGGACAGAAGGCUUUCACAUGUGACCAGUGUGGAAAAUAUUUCAGCCAGAAGAGACAGCUGAAAAGUCAUUACCGUGUUCACACAGGUCGUUCCUUACAAGAAUGUGAGCACUGUCAUCGAAAAUGCAUGGAUGCCGCCCAGCUGAAGAAGCAUCUGAGAACUCACACAGGUGAGAAGCCCUUUACGUGUGACAUCUGUGGAAAGUCUUUCACAGCAAAAAGUUCUCUUCAAACUCACAUUAGAAUUCACAGAGGGGAAAAGCCAUAUUCCUGUGGUACGUGUGGAAAGUCCUUCUCAGAUUCUAGUGCCAAGCGGAGACACUGCGUCUUGCACACGGGCAAAAAGUCAUUUUCUUGCCCAAAUUGCAAUGUACAGUUUGCCCGCUCAGAUAGCUUGAAGGCUCACAUGAAAAUCCACAAUAAAGAGAAACAAAUACAAGAAACGAACAGUGUUACAGAUGAUUUAGAGGAAGUUAGAAGCAUCCUGCAGCUUCAGCAGUACCAACUUGCUACUUCAAGUGGACAAGAGAUACAGUUGCUUGUCACAAAUGACAUCCAUAAUAUUAACUUUAUACCUGGUCAGAGUUCUAGUAUUCGUAUAAUUACUUCCUCUGAAGAAUCACAGCCAAUCUCAACAGAUCAGGACUCAAAUCUCAAAGUGCUGACUCAGCAGACGGAGCAAGUGCCUCAACUGGCUUUAGCCCCUCACCCAGGAGAAACCACACAAGUACAGACACUUAAUGUGAUGGGGCUUGCGAAUCAGGUUGGAUCUGAGCCAGCAGGACAAAUGCACGUCAUCACCCUUAGCAAAGAAGCAAUAGAACACUUACAGGUUCACCACGGGCAGGCUGCACAGGUACAACUAACAACAGAGACACCAUCAUCUCUGUCAUUGUCAUGAAAGCAUGCCACCACAGGCAGAAUCAGAAUGCAGAUGUCACACAACAAGUUCAACAGUAUGUCUCUGUAAAUCACCCAGCCUGGCCUUUUCUACUUCUUCAGUUUAGAGGAAAAGCAUCUCAGAUAUUGUCUAGCACAUACUCCUACAGAAAUAGUUACCAGAAUAGCAGCCCAGAACUAAUUUUGCAUAGUUUUUUUUCACACUUGUAAUAUAACAUGUAAUAUAACAUAGGGAUUGAUCUCAUAGAUGAUUCUAGAAAAGUAUAUUGUGCUCCAGCGUAAGAACCUGAACAUUAAUAAGGGUUUCAUAAGAAAUGCAUUUCAAUGUUGCAGGAAAAAUAUGAAUAUCUGUGUUUUUCUGAGCUGGGUAUGCAGUGCAGCCCAUUAAAUUAACCUGUCUGCAAAUUAAGAUAGAGAUGUGUGAUGAUCAUUGUUGUUUUUAAGAUUUUUUUCAGUAAAGUAAAUAGCCACCAUUGUCUUUCAUUUAAUUCAAAUUGCCCUGCCUUGGGUACAGUUCACAACAAUAUUUCUGGACAAGCACUCUGAUAUAAUCAUUCCUUUAACUUUGAUUCGUUUUGACAAGCAGUUUGUCAUGCACUCUGGAUUUCAAGAUGUAUUGAGUCUGAUUUUAGAAACCUCAUACACUGGCUAACUUUUCAUAGAUCCUCUUCUGAUUUUUCCCAGCUCAGCACAUUUAUGAAUGUUUAUUGUUUUCUCAAGUGCAUGAGUUUCUCCUCCCAAUGCAUGUCAUGGCACCCCAUUUCAGGUUAGGAGAGCAUGGCCAGUGUACGUGUCACUCAUUGUUUUCUGCCACUCAUAUAGUUUGGAUCUCUGUCCUAAUGUUCAUCAUGAAAUAUAUUCUGUGGCUUCAAAGUUUUCCUGUAGUCACUGGAUCAUGACCCAGGACUUGCACUAGCACUGUCUGUACUGCUUCUGUGAGGAGCACGGUAUGAAGCUCUUCCAUAAGUUCCAACUCUUCAGCCUGCCAUCUGAAAGAGAGGGCUUCUAUGGGGAGUGCUUUGCAUUGACUGUCAAGGAUGUUGUGUUUAUGCAGCCUAAAAGGCCCUUCUCAUAAUCCCUGGCCAUUGCUAGGCAAACGGGAAGAUAGAACAUUCAGCCAGCAGACAUUGGGCUGAAUUAGGAAUGAUAUGUCAGUGAGACUAAUAUGCCCUCAAGAGUCUGUAGCAUCCUCUUAACUGGUGAAGAGUUGAGCUUGCCUGACUCAUUAGUUGACAACUAGAGAAAUGCAAGAGGUGCACACCCAGCAGUCCGUGAGAGUGUUUGUGUGUGGGGAGGGGGGUUAGGGUAUAUGCAUAACAUCUUACAUAAUAGAGUGUCUGACACAUGGUAGGGGGGCAGGAUAUAUGCAUAACAUCUUACAUAAUAGAGUGUCUGACACAUGGUAGCAUUUGACCUGUUUAUUUAGAAUGGUCUGUAGAGUUCUCCAUCAUAAAGUCAGCUGUUGAGCUUGGAACCCUAAUGACCCUUUGGUACCAGAUGCACCUGUAAAUAAACUAGGUAUUCUACUAAAGCUACUUGACAACAAAUGUGGCUUAUCCUCAAGUGUACAGGAGAUGACCCUUAAGGAGCAAUGACUAAUGCCAGCAGUAUGUUUUGUGCAUGCCUAUCAAGACUGUAUACAAUCUCCAUUAAGCACUUACCCAGAUACCUGUACCCCCAUCAUCCAGUGCUUGGCUGUUGCAUUUUAGCAUUUGCUUGUUGGGCAAGCCAGGAUCCACUCUGUCCAGAGCUUAGGGUUGAGGAGGCUCCCAUCUCCCCUUUUGUCUUGCAGUGGAGUUUCUCAGGAUCCAGUGGCUCUUAUCCUUGAAACUGACAAGGAUAAUUAGGGGCCUCCUCCUUGUAGCUUCUUACCAGUGAGAUGUUUAGGCUAAUAAAGUCAGCUAUGGAUUGAUUUGUGGCUUUUUUGCCAUCAUCCAGAAAUAUAUUCACUUCAUUCUUGGUUUAGAAGACUGAGGACUCGUGAGUUACCUCACACAUGGAAUCUGUUAUCAAGGAUGUUGUGUUCAUGCUGCCUAAAAGUAUCUUGAUUUUGCUCCUUUUAUAUCAUUAGCCACAGUACUAAUAGACUUGGUAUUCCAGCUAGAUAUCAUGACCAGUGGUAUGGUGAUAGAGCUUAUUACAUGGCCUGCUCAUUGCUUUCAUUUCAUGGUUGACAUACCCCGGUGUAAGCCCACAGCCUUUGUCUGGUACAGUGCAGAAAGCCUUGGUCUGAUCAGUCAAACCUUUUGUACCUUGUGUGACAAAAGCAGGUACUGCCAGCACAGCUAGCUGGAAUUUUGUAAAUAAGUAUAUGUAAUUUGGGAAUAUCAAACUAAUUUAUGUAAGAUGCUUGUGUUACAAAUGUAUUAGAACUGUAUAUUAUGUAUAUGUCAAACUGCUUUGUGCAGAAGUUUGUGUUGAAAAGGUAUUUGUAAAGUGUUAGGUUUAAAAUGUAUCCACAGUGUGCCCUACUGGAAUAGAACAGAAAUAUACAUACACUAUUGUAACUGUUUAAAUGUGUAUGUUAACAGAGGAAACUGGUGGGUUAACCUCAGUCUAGCAAACUUUAGACAAAUAUUUGAAAUUAAAUUACUUUAUAGACUAGCCCAU